AUGGUGCUCCGCUGUGCUGCUCUUACUGUUUCUUCCUUCCGCUAUGGGCACCGACGAAUGAUAUCUGACAGUUUAGUUAUUUUGUCAAAACAUAAAACAGAGGAUUCACGUGCGGCAGCCACUUUGUGGGGUGAUGUGACGACAAAUACCGCCACACGUCCUUUAGUAAGCGUUGAGGAUAUGUUUGUGGAUGUGGGCUCGGGGUGGCCCGCUUGGCACAGUACUGAUGAGCACAAAAAUAAUAUGAAUCAUUACCGUUAUGAUAGUGUUGAUAUUAAGGUUGACAGCGGUUUUACCUCUUCUGAUGAGAACAGUAGCGGAACUGUGAUGGAAUCGGAACCCACGGAUGUUAUGAGCGGCACUUUAAUUGGUUGCAGCAGUCAAAGCGGCGGUGGUGAGGUUAGUCUCGUAAGUAUCUUUGCUGCAUCUGGUGACGGGUUUAGCGACGUCGGAAGGGAUGAGGAAGAUGUUGGUGGUGUUGAUAUUGAUUAUGAUAGCAAGAGGGAAGUUGAAUAUGACAAUGAAACCUCUGGCGAUGAUGAUUACGAAGAUGCCUCGGGUAUAUCUGCUGACGAUGUAGAUGAGGAUACGGGACUUCUGGAUGAACUUCCCCGCGCUGCGCGUGACUCCGCUUCUCCAGCCCUUUUUUUUGGCACAUCUUCAGCGACGCGAAAGGCUAACGGGAAAGUGGGAGGAGUUCCGCCAGUUUUUGAUGACGCAGCGGCGGAGGGUGUUGAGUUGGAGACUGUUGGUGAUGCGAUGCCCUCGCCUCAAAGGUUGCAACAUUACCCUUCACGGUAA